ACCAGCAUCAUGCCUUCGAUGGGUUCCGAAAAGAAGGAGAAGAAGAUGAAGAAGGCGAAGAAGGAAAACAUAGAAGCUCCGGAUCCGAUGAGAAUCGACAAGAAGAGCAAGAAAGAGUCAAACAAGCGAAAGGCUUUGGAUACAGACGUGGUUGCCAAACCCAAUAGCGAGCUGGAGGUACAGAAGCUUAAGAAGAAAUCAAAGAAAGACAAGGCGGAGGAGACCCCUAAUGCAGUGUCGAAGUUUCGAAUUUCAGAGCCAUUGAGGGCUAAGUUGAAGGAGAGAGGGAUCAAGUCCUUGUCUCCAAUCCAGGCCAGGACCUUUGAUACCAUCUUGGAUGGGUUCGACUUGCUGGCACAGGCUCCUGCUGACCAGGACAAAACUCUGGCAUUUGUGCUACCCAUCCUGGAGUCUCUAGUAAAUGGCUCUGCAGAACAAUCUAAAAAGACUGGGCACAAGGCUCCAUGUGUUAUGGUACUUUUACCUACAAGGGACUCAGCCGUACAGGUUCUUAAGGAAUUUGGAUUUUAUGGUGGUUCUUUGGGACUAGUAUCAUGUUGUGUGUAUGGAGGAUCCUCCCACAAGGUUCAAACAAAGAAGUUAAAGAGAGGCAGGAUUGAUAUCAUUGUUGGAACACCUGGCCGUGUAAAGGAUCAUAUAGAGAAGGGCAACAUAGACUUGAGCAGUUUGAAGUUUCGGGUCCUUGGUGACGCUGAUGAACUGUGGAAGAAAGGGUUAGUUGAAGAUGUUGAAUUCAUUCUAGGCAAGGUUAAUGAUGUAACUAAAUUUCAAACACUUCUCUUCAGUACCCACAUGCCCCGUUACGUGGAAAAGAUUGCUUGCUCAAGGUAUCUUAAAUCAAACUAUAAAGAGGUUGAACUGGUUAGUAAUGAAAAUAGGAAGGCCAGUCCAUCCGAGGGUGGUCUUACUGAUGAAAGAAAUGGUAGAUUUUCCAAUCAAGAAGGGGCAGGUCGCGGCAACUAUGGCAACAAAUGGUGAACCUAGAACAGUGGCCAUCAAGGUAGUGAUCUGUAAAUGUAGGUCGCAUUUAAGGGUCGGAAGCUAUGAUGCAAGUAAAUCGAUGUGAAGGCAAGAUCAUAUAUGAUCAUGAAGAAGAUAUUCAGUAGGAGACAUAGCCUUUUAUAGCUUUAUUUUAGUUGGUGGAUUUUCCCUUUCCCACUGCUUCUACAUCAGUUCUGUUCACAGGAAUGUCCACUUUAUAAACUCAGCUAUUUACAUGAGAAAAUUACAAGUGUUGUACUGGAUUGAGGUUUUUUCAUGAUUCAAAAUCCAUGGAGUACCAAGUCUGAUU